AUGAGGAUUACUGAUUCGUCUGAUAAUGGUAAUUUACCUUGUGACAAUGUGAAUAGUGGUUCCCACAAUAUUGAAGCUGGACGUUGGACAGAAACAACAAGAGAGGAUAUAAAUAAUACAAAUAGAUUUAUUACAAACAAUAUUAUUGAUAACAGAAAUUACAAUACAGAUAACAUACACGAUAUAAAAAAAUCAAAUAUAUGCCACAGUGAAUGUAAGCUGAAUAAUAAUGAAAAUUCAACAGACUCCCUUAAUAUAACAAAUCUGGAGAAGGAUCGACAAACACAAACAAAGCGUCGUAAUAAUGCUUUAGCUGAAACAUACAUUAUUCCAAAGACUCAAGUUCUUGGAGAAAAACGAUAUAUUGAGCAUUCAGAUUCAGAUGAAAUGUCUGAAAACAGCGUUCACCACGUGCCUCGAGGAAUCGUGAAUCCUAACUACCCAGGAUUUCAACAUUUGGCCCAUACUUUACAGGAUUAUUCUUCAAAUAUUGAACAGUUCUAUCCUUCGGAUAAUGAGAUGACGGACGACGAUUUAGAUGUAGAGAUUACAUCAGAAACUACCAUCGACAUAACAGAAACAAUUGAUGACAAAAUUAUUAUUAACAAUAAUAAUAAAAAUAACAGUUCGGUUUCAAAAAAUCCUUUCAUUAAUGAAACCACGCAGAACGAUAUACCUGAUUUAUUGAAAACAGUGACCCUAAAUAACAACAAUGAUCCCUCUCAAUACGAACUCAACAACUGUUCAGCAACAGAUAUAGAAAACAACUUCAGAGCGAAAGAUAUAAUAGGAGAUUUCAAUAAAGAAGUAGAAGAUGAAAUAAGACAGCUCUUGAAUUACAACAUCAAUAUAGAGGAUGAUUUAGAGGAAUUGAGAAGAGAUAUAAAAGAUAAAUUCGCAAAACCGAUUGAAAACACAUUGAAUAAUAUAAGCGAUGUUGUCAAUCAUGUUAUAAAAAAGUUAGUGGAGAACGAAGAUUGCGAUAGAAGUGACACGUCUACACCAGACAUCAUCAUUGAUCAUGAAAUGGAAGAUAUAACGAAAGCAAGCAGGGACAACGAAACAAACACUAGGGCGGAACUGUCGAUAAAUAGGCCUACAUUCCUAUUGAUCGAUAACAAAGACGUUCCAAUAUGUGACGCACUCUUAUCUGACGGUAAAGAAGAAAUAAAUAUUAACGUCGAAGAAUACGACACCGAGCAUUUAACUCAUAACGUCGAAAAUACCAUAAAACAAUUGAGUACCGAGCUACGUAAAAUUAUACCCAAGUUGAAUGAAAUGCGCGAAAGAGACAAACUAUGGGGAGAUAGAAAAAAAGAAGUACCCAUUAAAGAUGGAAAUUCCAACACUCUAGUGCAAAAUUCCUCUGCAAUUACUUAUGAUACUAAUAAUUGUUCACAAAAUCGUAACGGAAACAACAGGGGAAAGGCGACGAAUAUUUCAAAUACAAAUCAGCGUUCAAUUAGAGCUCAUAUUGAUCCGAAAUUACGGCAGAAUGCAAAGAAAUCUCAACCUAAGCUUCCGAUGAAUCUAUCCGUCCGUCAAACUGACAACCAUGAUGAUAGCGAUUUAGAGAGUUUUGACGUUUAUAAUAUAGAAACAGCAUUGCCGAAAUUAGAUUUAGAUGCAAUUGAAAGUCAUAUAAAGGCAGCAAAAGAAGCGGAACGAAGACCAAAUCCUCCUGAUAUACCAACAUUAGAUGAAUAUAGUAAUACUGCUUUAAGUCCUCGGGCCGUUGGUGUGGGAGAAUGUGCCUUAACAGACAUUGAGUGGCCAUCCACAGUUGACAACAAUCCUAAUGUUUUAGACAAAUUUACGAAAAUAGUUACCAUAGUCGAAGUCCCGUACAAAGAUAGGAAUAAACGUAAUGACAGAGAGGAAAUUAGAAAGAGAUUGGCGAUGGGAGCCGACACCGAGGAGUAUUACAGUUUAGGACAUACUGACCGUCCAGGAAAGAAACCUAGUUUACACUCAAGACUUCAAAAUGGAAAAAAUCUUCAAAUUUGUUUCAUGAAUGAAACGGCAUCAGAUAACGAAUCUCAGGCAUCAGAUUUAGAGCACAACUCGAAUUGUAAUAGUAAUAGUUCAUCACGAUCGAGUCUGUUCAGUAAAAACAGUUAUAACCAUCCAUAUCAGACUCGGCCAUUAUCCGUUAAUAUUACAAAACAUGAGAAAAAUCCUCCGACAGGUGCAAAGCUUCAUCCAACUUCCCUUAUGUUUAAAUCCAAGUCUCGGUCCACACAUUCUUUGGGACACAUUGAAUUGAAGGAAUCUGAUUUCUAUGCUCUGCAAGCGACUCUUCAGACUGAGGCAAGGAUAGCACUCGCUCAGGCUAAAGAGAUGGCUCGCAUACAGAUGGAGGUGAUCGUGAAUGAACUCCACUCUCAAAUAGAAUCGUUGAACGACGCGCUUGUUAAAUUUUUGAUGGCGCGCGACGAAUUACACAUGGGCCAGGACUCAAUGCUUGUUGAUAUUGAAGAUCUGACUAGAUAUCUAGGAGUUCGAGAGCAAACUAAGAAGACAAAAGGCAAUCAGAAGUCUGGAGUGAAAAGAUUCACAUCUUUGGUCCAGAACUGA